AUGUUUGAAGACGACGAUAAUACCGAAGUUUCUCCGAUCACAUUGACAAUAAAUAAAUCAUAUGCUAAAAAUUAUGAGAAUUGGAGACAAAAAGAAGAAAAACAAAAACGUCGUCGGUAUGGAAGUGAUGCUGGAGAAUCAUCCGAUGAAGAACCAGAAGAUGAUAAUGCUCAAGAAUGGACGGAAGAUGUUGAAAAAGAAUUUCUACGCUGUUAUUCUGUUCUGAAAAAACGCGAUCCAAAAAUUUAUGAUGAAAAUACAAAAUUUUUUAAUCAAACUGCAGAUACAGUGGCACCCACUGUCAAGUCACAAACAGUGACGUCCAGAGAAAAGCCAUUAAAAAUGGAUUUAAAAAUGGCAGAAAUAAAAUAUGCAAUGAGCCAUAAUGAUGGAAAUGAUGAUGAUGAAGAAAUGAGUCAAAACAAAAACAGAAAAUCGAUUGUAGAAGAAGAACAAGAAUUGAAACAAAGUUUUAAAACUGCAUUGAAAAAACACGAUGAGGAAACCGAUGAUAAUAAUGAUUUUUUGGUAGUGAAAGCAAAAACCAAUGAACAACAAGCUAAAGAAGAACAAGACUAUAUCGAAUGGUUAAAAGGACAAAAACAAGAAUGUAAGGAUGAAGCCAAAACGGAUUUGAAUUAUUUACAUGAUUAUUGGAAUGAUCCGAAAAUAUCUGAGCGUGAUCGAUUUCUUCGUGAUUAUAUUUUGAAUAAGAUGUACUUACAAGAAAAUGAUGAUAGAAUUCCAUCUUAUCAAGAAAUUAUUGAUGAUGAUGAUGAAGAAAUGAGAAUUCUGGCCGAAGAUGAAGAACAUGCUCAAAAACAAGAAGAUUUUGAAAGAAAAUACAAUUUUAGAUUUGAAGAACCGGAUGCAGAAUUUAUCAAACAAUAUCCACGAACAAUAGCGGAUAGUGUUCGACGAAAAGAUGAUAGACGUAAAGAAAAACGAGAAUCGUAUAAACGACGAAAAGAAAUGGAAAAAAAUCAAAAAUUGGAAGAAAUAAAACGUUUAAAGAACUUGAAAAAGAAAGAAAUUUUGGAUAAAAUCGAAAAAUUACGUCGUAUUGCUGGAAAUGAACAAAUGGAAUUAAAUGUCGAUGAUCUAGAAGAAGAUUUUGAUCCAAAAGAAUAUGAUAAACGAAUGCAUGAGUUAUUUAAUGAAGAUUAUUAUAAAUCUGGACAAGAUGAAGAACAAAAACCGGAAGUAUCGGAUGACGAACUAUUAGUUGAAAAUUGGGAUCGAUCAGAAACACUCAAGAAGAAUGAUGUACUACAAGAUAAUAAUCAAGAUGAUGUAAAUGAAAUUGAACAAUCAAAACGAACGAAUUCAAAUGAAAAUGAAUUUUUAUUUACACAACAAAAGAAGAAAAAAAAAUCAAAAUUUCGUGUAGCACUUGAAAAAGAAAAGCCUAUAUUUAAUCCAAAGGACAAAACAUUUGAAGAAUAUUUUAAUGAAUAUUAUAAAUUAGAUUGUGAAGAUAUUAUUGGUGAUAUGCCCGUUCGAUUUCAAUAUAGAGAAGUUUUACCGAAUGAUUUUGGUUUAACCGUUGAUGAGAUAUUAACUGCGCGCGAUAAAGAACUGAAUGCUUGGUGCUCAUUAAAAAAGACGUGUCAAUAUCGAUCAAAUGAAGAAGAAAUUCAUGAUCAACAUUUAUAUAAAAAUAAAAGCAAAAAUAUGGAACGAAAGCAAAAAAUAUUAUCUAGUGUUUAUUUGAAUGAGAGUGAUGAUGAAAAAAACAAAAUAAAAACGAAGCCUAAUGGUAAUCUUAAGGAGAAAAAUGGCGAACAACAAUCGACUAUCGAGACAACAACUACCAAGAAAAAAAAACGAAAACACAAGAAAACAUUAGAAUCCGUUUCGGAAGAAAAACAACAAGAGUCAACACCAAUAUCAGUAACAACUUCCACUACAGCAAAACGAAAUAAUAAUAAAAAUUCGAAAAAGAAAUUCAAAACCGAGUCAUCUGAACAACAAAUACUAUCAACAAUGACUGACGAUCGUUUAGAAGCCUAUGGACUAAAUCCAAAACGUUUUAGAAAAUUUCUAAGGUUUAAAACUGGAAAAUAA